GCGAACAGCAAAUCCACGCGGUGGCUGGGCAGGAGGGGCGGAGACGCGACUGCGCGUCGGGGUCCAGCAGUAGCAGCAGCAGCCAGCAUCAUCAUCAUCAGCAACAGCAGCAGCAGCCCCCGUAGCUGCAGGAGCCACUCUCUCCUCCUCCUUCUCACAGAACUGCGACAGAGUUUCUCGGGGUUUGCUCAUCAACGUUGCGCUCCCACGCCAGUCCGGCCCUGCUUGAAAUUCGACAGUCGCCUCCUCUUGGUUGAUAUUAAUCCCGGUGGAACGGAUUGAACGUAGGAGAGGCCACCCACGGUAAUUGUCUGUGCCGUGCAGUGGUCGGGGGACACGCGUAGUAGCUCCGCGUGCCCCGUUCCGUGCCAUCAAACUGCCGGUCAAAUCAUCCGAGACGCCCACGUCGGGGACUCCAAGCGUGGAUUGUGAGCGUCGUUGUGCCUGCCGCCUUGCUUGGACGCGCCUGCGCCGUGCCUCGCCGGAUCAUCGCCGACGCCGACACCACCAACACCUUUCACCGCCACCAACUUCGCUUCCACCACCGACAUCAUGCCUGAGACAACCGCUGAAGUCUUCAAGAACCUGCCCAAGAGCGCCGGCCUCCACAUAUGGAGAGUGGAGAAAAUGGAGCUUGCUGCUGUGCCCCAGAAGGCCUAUGGCAGUUUCUUUGAGGGCGACUGCUACAUCAUUCUCUCGGCCAAGAAGGCAGGAUCGUCGCCCACCCCCACGUACGACGUCCACUACUGGGUUGGGCAGGAGUCCUCGCAGGACGAGCAGGCCGCUGCCGCCAUGUACACGACGCAGCUGGACGACGCGCUGGGUGGAUUCCCCGUGCAGCACCGAGAGUACCAGGGUCACGAGUCCGAGGUCUUCCGCGGAUACUUCAAGAGCGGCGUCGUCUACAAGAAAGGCGGCGUCGCGUCUGGGUUCCACCACACGGAGACGAACUCCUACAACGUGCAGCGGCUCCUCCACAUCAAGGGACGCAAGGCGGUCACGGCAACCGAGGUGAACCUGUCAUGGGACAGCUUCAGCCGUGGGGACGUGUUCCUGCUCGACCUGGGCAAGGUCAUCAUCCAGUGGAAUGGCCCUGACAGCAACCGCGUGGAGAAGAUCAAGGGCAUGCAGCUGGCGUCCGACAUCCGUGACCGUGAGCGUGGCGGGCGCGCCCAGAUCGGUGUCGUGGAGGGGAACGACGAGGACUCCUCACCUGAGCUCAUGGCCGUCCUCACGGCCGCCCUGGGGGAGCGGCAUGGCGAUCUGUCCCCUGGCAGCCCUGAUGAGCCGACGGAUCACAGCCGCAAGGCCAAUGUCAAGCUCUACCAUGUGUCAGAGAAAGGUGGAAACUUGAUGGUGGAGGAGGUGGCAACGCGACCUUUGACCCAAGACCUGCUGAACCACGAUGACUGCUACAUCCUGGACCAGGGAGGAAUCAAAAUCUACGUGUGGAAGGGACGAGGCUCCAGCAAGGAGGAGAGGCAGGCAGCAAUGAAGCGAGCGCUGGGCUACAUCAAGGCCAAGGGUUACCCCGUGAGCACCAACGUGGAGACGGUGGCAGACGGUGCCGAGUCGGCCAUCUUCAAGCAGCUGUUCCAGCACUGGACGGAGCGUGGCCAGACCCAGGGGAUGGGCAAGACUUACACCGUCGGCAAAAUCGCUCGAGUGGAACAGGUGAAGUUUGACCCCACAGUGCUGCACGCCAAGCCGGAGGUCGCUGCUCAACAUCGAAUGGUGGACGAUGGUUCAGGCACUGCGGAGAUGUUCCGGAUUGAGGAUCUGGAGUUGAAACCGGUGGAGAAAAGAUUACAUGGACAGUUCUACGGCGGGGACUGCUACCUCGUGCUGUACACCUAUACCAGCAACAACAAGCUCGCCUACCUACUCUACAUGUGGCAGGGCCGUCACGCCACCCAGGACGAGGUGGCGGCGUCUGCGUACCAGGCUGUAGCGCUAGACCAGAAGUACGGCGGCGAGCCCGUGCAGGUGCGCGUCGUCAUGGGGAAGGAGCCCAAGCACUUCCUCGCCAUUUUCCACGGCAAGCUCAUCAUCUACGAGGGCGGCACCUCCAGGGCCGGCGGCAACGACAUCGGUGGGGCAGCGCCGCCCACCACGCGGCUCUUCCAGGUGCGCGGCACCGACGAGUUCAACACCAAGGCCGUGGAGGUGCCGGCGCGCGCCUCCGCCCUCAACUCCAACGACGUGUUUGUGCUCAACGCCGAGGUGGCGUGCUUCCUGUGGUGCGGCAAGGGCUGCAGCGGGGACGAGCGAGAAAUGGCGCGGAGCCUGGCGGACGGACUCACACGGAGGGACAAGCAGACGGUGCUUGAGGGACAGGAGCCACCCGAAUUCUGGGCGGCGCUUGGUGGAAAGGCUCCGUACGCCAGCGAAAAGCGGAUGCAGGUGGAGGAGGCGGAAGUGCAGCCGCGGCUCUUUGAGUGCUCCACACAGACGGGGCGCUUCGUGGUAACGGAGAUAAGUGACUUCUCGCAGGACGACCUGGAUGAGGAUGACGUCAUGCUGCUCGACACUUGGGACCAGGUCUUCCUGUGGGUGGGACAAGGCGCGAGCGAUGCAGAGAAGAAGGAGUCGAUGACGACUGCGGCGGAUUACCUGCGGACGCACCCUGGGGCCCGUGACCCCGACACGCCCAUCAUCAUCGUGAAGCAGGGGUUCGAGCCCCCCACCUUCACGGGCUGGUUCCUGGCAUGGGACGCGCACAAGUGGAGUAGUGGGAAAUCCUACGAGGAGCUCAAGGCCCAGUUUGGGGACGCCGCCGCCAUUAAGACCAUCACAUCUAGCCUCAACGAUGAGAAGCAGGGCAGCAACGAGGGGCCCGUGCCCACUUUCCCGGCCGAGGACCUCGUCAACAAAACGACGGAGGAGCUGCCCGAGGGUGUCGACCCGGCCUGCAAAGAGAAAUAUCUGUCGGAGGAUGCAUUUGUGCGAGUGCUGGGCAUCACGCGGGGCGAGUUCGUGGCGAUGCCCGUCUGGAAGCAACAAAACUUGAAGAAAGCCAAGGGCCUCUUCUAAUAGCUGUCUGCGUGUCGCUCUUGUGGGCCAGAGAGCGCUGUGCUUUACAAAUUUUGUUGACACACCCCCCCCCCCCACCACCUCGCCAUUCCUGCUAGCCACAUAUUAUCCUGUCAGCUGGAUAUUUCGGCUGAAUACAAAAAAAGACAAUAUUAUUACUCCAAUUGAUAAAAUAAGCCUCCAUAUAUGCCUCAAAGGCCAACGGGGGAAAAAGUGCAGUUCAGGCGAAUUUUGUGUCAGUCUGGCAUUUAAUCACAAAUGGUCUCUGACACUAGAGGGUUGGAUGGCAUCAUAGUGAUGCACACCACUGAACCAGAUGACAGUUUUAGCUCUUUUUCACUGUAUAACUGAACCGCGCCAGGGUUGUGCCAUACCAAGCCAGCUCAUCAAAUGCUGUGGGGAGGUGCCAGCUUGUUUAUCCACUGCAUAAGCAGAGUGGUGCCACUGGAAGUCACACGCGUGUAGAUUACGCAUUGACAAUGUUUCCUCACAGUACAACUGACAUUACACACGCAGUGGACGAGUCAAGACCUAUAUAGGUGACAUGAUGCUGUGUCCUCACAGCGUACCGACGUCACGUGUAAUCGUAAUUAACCCCACCCCUGUCUCUGCUCGGCCCUCAGCCGAUAUUCAGGCGUCUUGAGACCAAGAGGGUUAUCUUGGUUUUGUUUCAGUUUCGGCAUAUACAAAUAGCCAGCGGAAACCCGUCCAUAGCGUGAGGGUCCCGUGUUGGCGCGGCUCAGAUGUGCCAGUGCAAAAGGGUUAUUUGAUGCCUGCAGCAUGGCAGUGGAUUGUGGCACCCACCUCCCAUGAUGCCAUUCGCAAGAGUAGCCCAUGUUGUGCUUGUGUCCAUCGCGAUACCCAUAAGUUAGGAAUUGAUAACUCGAUCGUGGGAAAAAAAACAAAACUGUCGGUCUUUGGUUUUUGUGGCUAUACAUAAAGAAAUUAUGAAAGCAAAAA